UCGUUCACAAAGGACAUGUUCUUCCCUUCAAUAGGAAUCCGUGUUGGACCAAACAAUACUCUUUUUGUUCUAGAUGCCUAUUAUGGGCUGUUUGAAAUAAAUCCUGCCUCAGGUGCAGUCAGGCCACUUGUGUCUUCAAAGAUUCCUAUUGAAGGGAAGAACAUGUCCUUUGUGAACGAUCUUACAAUGACUCGAGAUGGAAGGAAAAUCUAUUUUACAGAUUCUAGUAGUAAAUGGCAGAGAAAAGAUUAUUCCUUAUUAAUCAUGGAGGCUACAGAUGAUGGACGCUUAUUUGAAUAUGACACAGUGACAAAGGAAGUCAAAGUCUUAAUGGAAGGACUGAGAUUUCCAAAUGGAGUCCAGCUGUCUCCUGCUGAAGACUUUGUGUUGGUGGCCGAAACAGUUAUGGCAAGAUUUUCACAAAAUUAGAUCUUCGGGAGGCAUAUUAUAGAAUACGGAUAAAGGAAGGGGA